AUGACGACGUUGUUGAGUCCCCGCGAAACCCAUUCGCCCUUCUCAGAUCCUCUACGGUGUGCCACUGGUCCCACUGCGCAGCGAUAUUUCUUGGAAGAUCACGCUAUCCCCAGAAAAUCACCCAUGCAAGAUGACUAUCGCGCGAGGGAUUCCUCCCCAGUCGCAUCAAAUCGACCCUCUGCGCUCCCUUCCCCGGGCUUCACUCAUAUCCCCGAGCAACUCGCCUACGCGUCCACUCUAAAUAGCCUGUCACCGGAAAACGAACUCGUCCUACCCUCCUAUGACACAGAAUCCCUUCAUAAUCCCAAAGAACCAGAGGAUGUGAGUGACGCGUCGACAGAAUCACACACACCUUCGUGGACGUUACAGGCUCCAUCGGCAGAUGACACCUUAAUUGAGGAUGAGCCAUCCAGACAUGUGGACUACCUUUCACAUGACUGGAAGGAGGAGGAUAUCUGGUCCUCCUGGCGUUAUGUGACGAGUCGGAGGAACGAUUAUAGUAAUGGAGUGAGACUGGAGAAUGCCUCUUGGAGGACAUGGGCCAAGGCCAAGCACAAUCUGAAGACGAUAUCACCGGAAAGCCUGAAUUGGCUGAAGGACUGCGAUGUCACCUGGCUCUAUGGGCCAUUAAAAAGUUCCGUCGAACGUACAACCUCUCCAUCUCCCCCUCCGAGUCGCUUGGAGACACCAAACUCUUAUCUAGACCGAAAGCCGAUCCUGAAGAAGAAGACUGCAUCCGAGGCCAUCCUACAGCGGUCACUAUCUCAACAUACGUUACUCCAACAUGCCGGGGCCAUUCUCAAGGCUCAAGAAGCUGAGAACAACUGGGCUCGACCUCCUUUCCCAAGGUCUAACACAGACCUGGACCACUUGCAUCACCGGACUGGAAGUUCGACCUACUCUCUCGGUGGCACACUGACUACCUCAUCAUCGUCUGGAAUGACAUCUCCAAGCGAACGGCGCCAUAUCCACUUCAACAAUGAAGUCGUACAAUGCAUUGCAGUUGAAGCCAAGGGCUACGAGGACGAUUGGCCGGCCACCUUUGAAGAAGAGGCAUGUUCCGACGACGGCGUUGUCUUGAUGAGACAAAUCUCCAGCCGGUCCUCCCUGAGCAACCGCAGCACCCCACGCCACAGCCCCAGCGAUGGGAAAACCAUCGCCCCUCUCCCCUCAACCACGCUCAAGUAUCGUGGGGACCCCCCCGAGCUCCACGCUCAGACUAUCCUUGGCCGAUGGUCCGCCCCGACCCGGACAUUAUCACCAACUCCCUCCGUGGAGACCCUACGUCCGUCAGGGCCAUCAGAGUCCACGGCCAACUUCCUUUUGGAUGAAUGUGAAGAUCCUAGCCUGGAUUUCACGGGCAAUUACCCCGAUCGUGAUCGCGCAUGGUUCAUCGAAGAUGAUCCAGCAUCAGAUCGCCCGCUCCGAUUGACUGCUUCGGGCAUGAUCAUGCCGGAAGGCGAGUCUGAGACCCCCAGUAGUAGUAUCUUGGACCGGGUUGUGGACACUGUUAACACGGCCCGGGACAUAGCCCAUGUGAUUUGGAAUGUGGGCUGGCGCCGCUAA